GUGAUUUCCAUGGGUAUUUUAGUAAAAUGUAAUCUUCCCAAACCUUCCCUAUUUAACUAACCUACACUCCAACAGCCUGGAUAGAUCUCUGUAGCAUUUUGCUCUCUCUGUCCCUCUCUCGACGAUCUGUGUGGAUAUUCUCUGUAGAAUUUUUAUCUUUCCAUGGCUCCAGCAGCAGCUUCAGAUUCGAUAAAGCCUCGAGAUGUAUGUGUGGUUGGUGUUGCUCGUACACCGAUGGGUGGAUUUCUUGGCACCCUUUCAUCUCUAUCAGCCACAAAGUUAGGGUCUAUAGCCAUUGAAUGUGCUCUUAAAAGGGCGGGUGUUGAUCCCAAACUCGUACAAGAGGUCUACUUUGGAAAUGUUUUGAGUGCAAAUUUGGGACAGGCUCCUGCUAGGCAGGCUGCAUUAGGAGCAGGAAUACCUAACACAGUCAUCUGCACUACUAUUAAUAAAGUCUGCGCAUCAGGGAUGAAGGCAACAAUGUUUGCAGCGCAAAGCAUCCAGUUGGGCAUUAAUGAUGUUGUUGUGGUCGGUGGCAUGGAAAGCAUGUCCAAUGCACCUAAAUACUUAUCAGAAGCAAGAAAAGGAUCCCGAUUGGGACAUGAUACUGUUGUCGAUGGGAUGCUCAAAGAUGGUCUAUGGGAUGUUUAUAAUGAUUAUGGCAUGGGAAUGUGUGCUGAGCUCUGUGCAGAUCAACAUAUGAUAACAAGGGAAGAGCAGGAUUCCUAUGGCAUUCAGAGCUUUGAGCGUGGUAUUGCUGCUCGCAAUGGUGGUGCCUUUGCAUGGGAAAUAGUUCCGGUUGAAGUUUCUGGGGGGAGAGGAAAGCCAUCCGUGCUUGUUGAUAACGAUGAAGGCCUAGAAAAAUUUGAUCCUGUAAAACUAAGGAAGCUCCGCCCUAAUUUUAAGGAGAAUGGAGGUUCCGUUACCGCCGGCAAUGCCUCAAGUAUAAGUGACGGUGCUGCUGCAUUAGUGUUAGUGAGUGGAGAAAAGGCACUUGAACUAGGAUUGCAAGUGAUUGCAAAGAUCUCAGGAUAUGCUGAUGCAGCUCAGGCACCUGAGUUAUUUACGACUACUCCAGCACUUGCAAUACCGAAAGCCAUUUCAAAUGCUGGCCUGGAAGCUUCUCAAAUUGAUUUCUAUGAAAUAAAUGAGGCAUUCGCUGUUGUGGCUGUCGCAAAUCAGAAGCUGCUUGGAAUUCAUCCUGAUAAGCUUAAUGUGCAUGGUGGAGCCGUGUCCCUGGGACAUCCUCUUGGUUGCAGUGGAGCUCGUAUAUUGGUCACACUAUUGGGGGUUCUGAGACAGAGAAAUGGGAAAUAUGGAGCUGCUGGCAUUUGCAACGGAGGAGGUGGCGCGUCUGCACUUGUUCUAGAGCUCAUGUAAGGCUUUUCUUGUCGGCCAGUCAUCAGAGCAGAACGUUCCUUGUUAUGAGAGUGUAGGAUUUUCUAGUACUUGUUGUGCCAAUGUUUCCUUCUUCCAAUAAAGCUGUAGCAAACAUCCCUAAGAAACACUAGGGCUUCUCUAAAAAAAUGCAUCAUUCUAGCCGUUGUUAUUUA